GAGAGAGAGAGAGAAUGGAGGAUGACAGGACGAUUAGCAUCUCUGAAUCAGUGGCCAUGAACGGAGGGAACGGACCUUAUAGCUACGCUCAGAACUCUUCCUAUCAGAAAGGAAUCGCGGUAGCGGCCAUGGUUAUGAUCAAGGAAGCUUUACCCACAACCCUUGAUCUCAAUCACCUCUCUUCAUCCUCUCCAAACCCCGUCAUCAGAAUAGCAGACUUUGGUUGCUCCACAGGACUCACAUCCGUCCAAGCCAUCGAAACCAUAAUACAAUGCCUCUUAGACCUCAUCAAUCCCAUCGAACAACCUCAAUUUCGUGCCCUCGAGUUCCAAGCCAUCUUCAACGACCUCCCCACCAAUGACUUCAGCAUGCUUUUCGCCAACCUCCCCGAGAAGUGGCGGUACUAUGCCAUGGCGGUCCCGGGGACGUUCCAUGGCCGUCUCCUCCCGACCGCAUCCCUACACUUAGCAUUCUCGUCCUGCGCGCUCCACUGGCUAUCCCAGGCUCCGCCGCAGACAUUGGACAAGUCUUCCUGUGCUUGGAACGGAGACAGAAUUUGCUACGCAAGCUCCCCUGCGGGGGUCGUAGGGGCUUACUCUGCUCAAUUUGAGAGAGACAUGGAGGCGUUUCUCAGCGCGAGAGCGGAGGAGAUGGUCAGUGAAGGGUUGAUAUUUAUGGUCAUGUCUGGUGAGCCGGAUUUGGUUCAUGAAUCGCAGACCACCAUAGGGUCGGAAUUGGAGCUGCUGGGUUCUUGCCUUGUGGACAUGGCCAAAACGGGAAUAUUAAGCAAUGCCAAAGUAGAGAGCUUCAACUUGCCAUUGUAUUUCCCAUCGGAGAAGGAGCUGAAACAAGUGAUCGGUCGAAACAGAUUCUUCGACAUCGAGAGGAUUCAGACCCUAAGCCACCCCAAAAUGCACGCCGCUUUUUCCACCCCGGAUUCGCGCUCUCUCUGCUUAAGAGCUGCAUUCGAGGGGUUAUUGCUCCAUCAUUUCGGCGAUGAACUGAUCAUCGACGACUUGUUCCACCGGUACUCGCUCAAAGUGGCGAAAUCUCCCUUUUUCCUGAAGCCAGAAAGUCAUGAAACCAUCACAUUCUUCGUGGUCCUCAAGCGUAAAAUGUACGAAGAGAAUAUGCAGUGACUCCAACUGGUACAUACUGUACGUUGUUUCAUGGUGGGGACAAAGCCUUAGCCAGAUAAUUUUUCUGGAAGAGAGAAUUGACGGGGAGCAGAAAUUUGAGUUCAAGUCAACGGGGCCGUUAACUGGAUAUCCCCAACUCAAACAAGUUUGUGCUUAAUUCUUAUGGUUAUUUGUUAAAACUUGGUAGAUUUGCAUUUGGUUGCUCUGUUAAGAUGUUGGAUACAUUUUAGGAUAUUCUGAUUUUGUAUGUUUCUCUUGAUGGAUCCUGAUUGAUUGUAUUUAGUUUGUUACUUAAUAUAGUCUCAUGUAAAGUCUAUUCAAUUUUCCUAUUAUUAUUAUUAUUAUUAUUCUCAACUCGGUAUCAAAGCCAUUGUUUUCUAAGGAAGCGCCGCCUGUCGAGUCUAUUUAGUAACGCCGGCGGCAUUUUUCUGUUAUUACUAAUAUAAGACACGUUAUUUUUCAAAUAAUCUCA